AUGGCGCGGCGGCGGCCCCCCUCGCGGGGCGGCGGCGGCUGCCGAGGGUGCCCCUCACGGGGGCCCUGGCGCCCCGUGCUGGCCGGUAUCUGCCUCGCCGCGAGCUGUGGCGCCGCCGCGCGCGGCGCGGCCGGCUUGGCGGCCCUGGCGCCGAGCCGCGGCUUGCCCAGGCGGCGGUGGCUGCACGGCGUGGGCCUGGUGACUGCCGGUGGCGCAGCAGGCGCCCCGCCGGCGGGAGCGGGCCUCUUCGGGAUCGGGGACCUGCCGCCGCCCGCGGACGUCGCGGGCCCGCCCGGCGACGCGCAGGUGACCCAGAGCGGCCUGGCUUAUAAGGUGCUGCAGCCGUCGCCGUGCGUGGGCGCGGGGUGCCGGCGCCCGUUCCCAUUCGACCGGGUGACCGUAGACUACACCGGCUGGCGGACAGAUGGCGGCGACAAGCUCUGGACAUCCGCGCAGCGACUCGGGGCGGACUGGCUGCGCCAGCUGCUGGAAGCAUCCAAGGAGCUGGACCUCGUGACGCAGGACGGGUCAAUGUUCGAUUCGAGCGUCACCAGGAACAGGAAGGCGGAGUUCGGCGUCGGCCAGGCGGGGCUGUAG